UAAAGCAUAUUGGACCGUUAAGAUAUAUAGACUCUGUGGUUGGGGUUUCAGAAAAACUUGCACCCAUCAGGACAUCUGAAUAAAAGGCCUCCAUAUGGCUCUGCAGGUGCUGGGCAUCACACUAUCUAUGAUCGGCCUGGCAGGCACCAUCAUCAUCUGCGCCCUGCCAAUGUGGAAGGUGACGGCGUUUGUGGGCACCAAUAUUGUGGUGGCACAGGUCUUCUGGGAGGGCCUGUGGAUGACCUGCGUAUACGAGCGCACAGGCCAGAUGCAGUGCAAGCUGUACGACGCUCUGCUAGACCUCGACCCAACACUGCAGGCCUCGCGUGGCCUUGUGGUCACCACUAUGGCACUUGCAUGUCUCGGAUUCCUCAUCUUCCUGCUGGGAGCUGAGUGCACCAACUGUCUCAGCAAUCCGCAGGCCAAAGCGAGGAUCGUGGUAGCAUCUGGGAUCACAUUCAUGCUCUCGGGGAUUUGCACCGCAAUUCCUGUUUCCUGGAUAGCUGAUAACAUUAUCAGGGACUUCCAUAACCCUGUAGUGCAUGAGGCGCUGAAGAGAGAGAUGGGUGCUGCCAUAUAUGUGGGCUGGGUGACGGCAGGAUUCUUGCUUGUUGGAGGAGCAAUUCUCUGCACCAGCUGUCCACCAGAGAGGGUCAAGCACUUCUCCAGGUAUACGGCAACAAAGUCAGGCACCCAAAGCAGCUACGCAUUUAAGAACUAUGUGUGAGUUUAAGACAUGACAAGUUCAUCACUGAGGUGGAAUAACCAAAAUGAACAUGUCAGCAUGUUACAAAAGGACAUUUUCACAUGUUGCCAGAUGUUACACGAAAAGAAUUGCCCUAAUCUAAAAAGCAUUUGCUUGGUGUCAUGUACAGUAAUCACUAUAGCUGCAAUCU